AGUUGUUUACCGGCGAAAAUCUUAGUUUUAUGCUGAAGUUCUUUGAAUAGUAAACGAAACAAGAAGAGGAAUGAUGGAUUGUCAAUCCCUACUUGAUGGGCUAGCAAAAGAGCGGGGGUUAUCUCUCACUCCUCUUGCUCGCAUGUGUAAGUACCCGCGUUCGCGCAAGAUUGUGUGUUGUGGAGGACUUGUAGUACGUGUCGAGUCGGAAAGCUCCGCAGACUCCACGGUCUGCAUACAAGAUGGAAGUGGUCUCUGCUUCUGCGCGAUCCACGGUGAUAUAACGAGCCGGUAUCCCGAUGUGCUCUCGACCGGGGCCGUGUUGCUUUUUCACGACGUCACGCUAUUGGUGACGGGAGGAAGAAUGCCCCCGUUGCUGAUCGUGUGUUUAGAAAAUCUCUUCGGAUUGUUGCUUCCAGACGUACCGGAGCAGCCUCUCGCGCCGCCGAAGGCGUUGGAGCAGUCCAUGGACAUCGACAGCAAGAACGCGACACCUCAAGAUCAAAUGUGCGGAACGGAGGAUGCUGCCUUAGGGGACUCUGCGAGACGCAAGCAGUGUGCAACCUACCUCGCCGCUGCUACCACCUCUCCUUUAGGGGGCAGUGGAAUACCUCAAACUAAGGGGCCUGAGCGUCUAGCUCAUACAAAUGACCCUAGGCAAACGGGUUUAUUUGGCAUGCAUGAACCUGUUGUGUAUGAUGACGAUGAUGAGAACUGCUUGGAGCUGGUUGAUGACUUGUAAACUCUGAAAACAGAAACAGGGCUUCUCUUCUUCAAGAAUUCUGCGAGGCUAUAUGACAAUAUCCCACUGAAAAUAGAAUACUUCUUUAUCUAUCAUCGCAAUAUUGUUCGAGUGAAGUAGACGAUGGCAUUACAUAUUGUGUUAACGCUUUUUCAUCACGCUGUCGACUUGGAGCGACGAUAAUGAACCCAAUUCUCUGCUAUAUACCAUUUCAGCUUAUCUUGUUUAAA